AUGGCUAUUCUCUGUCCAAGUGUCCUUCCCAGGCCAAGUCCCCGUAGAUGUUCUUCAAUAUCCUCAGAUGUUCCUAAAGGAUUUGUGGCAGUAUAUGUUGGGGAGGGUGGCAAAAGGAAGAGAUUUGUCAUUCCAGUAUCCUUCUUGAACAGCCCAUCAUUCCAAGUUUUGCUGCGGUUAGCAGAAGAAGAAUUUGGUUUCAACCAUCCCAUGGGGAGACUGACGAUUCCAUGUAAAGAAGAGAUGUUCAUUUCUGUAACUUCCAGCUUGUGUAGAUCAUAA